GCCUCAUAACACGCGGGGCUUGGCCAACAAGUUUGCACAUUUGAGAAGCAAGCCGAGGAGCACCUGCACGCCGACUUUUUCCCCUCCUCUUUUCCGGAGACUAAAACUUCUCUUCGACUUUGGGCGCUCUUUGCCCAACUUUUGUUGUUGUUGCUGUUGCUUUGCCGCGAGAGCGCGCAGCAAUCCGGGGUCAGCCAUGUACAACAUGAUGGAGACGGAGAUCAAGUCCCCGCUGCCCCCUCCGCCCAACUCGGGUCCGGGCUCCAAGGGUGGCGGCGGCGGUGGUGGUGUGAGCGAGCAGGAGCGCGUCAAGCGCCCCAUGAACGCCUUCAUGGUGUGGUCCCGGGGCCAGCGGCGCAAAAUGGCCCAGGAGAACCCCAAGAUGCACAACUCUGAGAUCAGCAAGCGUUUGGGCGCCGACUGGAAGCUGCUUACGGACGCCGAGAAGCGGCCGUUCAUCGACGAGGCCAAGCGACUGCGCGCCAUGCACAUGAAGGAGCACCCGGACUACAAGUACCGGCCGCGCCGGAAGACCAAGACCCUGCUGAAGAAAGACAAGUACUCGCUGUCCGGCGGGCUCCUGGCGCCCGGGGGCGCGGCCGUGACCAACCAGGUGCAGGUGGGCCAGCGGAUGGACGGCUACGCGCACAUGAACGGCUGGAGCAACGGCGCCUACUCGCUGAUGCAGGAGCAACUGGCCUACCCGCAGCACCACGGCAUGAGCGGCCCGCAGAUCCAGCAGAUGCACCGCUACGACAUGGCUUCGCUGCAGUACCCCAUGAUGAGCACGGCGCAGAGCUACAUGAGCGCGGCCUCCACGUACAGCAUGUCGCCGGCGGCGUACGGCACGCCGCAGGCCGCCGUGGUCAGCGCCGCUGCCGCCGCAGCCGCCGGCGGUGCCGCGGGCAACCCCAACCCCGCCAUGGUGGGCCUGGGCUCCAUGUGCAAGAGCGAGCCCAGCUCACCCCCGCCCGCCAUCACGUCGCACUCCCAGCGGGCCUGCUUGGGGGACCUGAGGGACAUGAUCAGCAUGUACCUGCCGCCCGGUGGGGACAGCGCGGAGCACUCGGCCCUGCAGGGCAGCAGGUUACACAGCGUGCACCCGCACUACCAGAGCGCCGGGACGGGCGUCAAUGGGACCCUUCCGCUCACGCACAUCUGAGUGAGAGAUGCGUGCUCGUACGAAAAUUCUGACUUUUCCAAAAUAAUUAAAAAAAACAAAAAACAAAGUACUUGGAUACUUGAACUUUGGUUGCUGUAAAAGUGAGGCUGUCAGACUCGAGGCCUUGGGGUCACGUUUGGCCUGUAAAGCAAAUGAAAGUCAACUUGGGUACAUUUCAUCUGCACUGAACUGGUUUUACAAGCAUUUAUGUCCACCAAAUCGCUUCUUCGCAUGAGGCUAACAAUACACCCUUUAAACUGCUGUGUCCAAAUAACCCAAUAUGGGUUACUAAAUGGAGCAGUUUUAAGAAUGUACUAAAUAAAACAACUCAUUUCAAAUCUUAUUUCUUUAACAAAAAAGUGGCAAUUGUGUAUAUGUAAUCCUAAAAUGAAGUGAUGAUAAGUGGCCAACAGCAACAGUUUGACGCCCCUGCAACAAAAAAAAGGAAACAAAUCUGCUUUCUUUUUCCGUUUUGGACUGAGAUUGAAUCCACUUGAGUAAAUUGCAUUGCAAAAAGACGAAAGGCAGUUUUAUGAUCACGACGGUAAGCAAUCAAAGUGAUGUAGAAGAAUUGGACUUCUAUAUAUUACAUAAUGCCACAUUUUCAUCUGCGCGUGAAAAGGCAAGUGGCCUCGUGAAGAGGCUGGUUUAUUUCAGAAAAAAAUGUUUACACUUCAUUUGUAGAAUGACAUCUGUCCAUACUUGUAGACCUUUUUUCUUUCCUCUCACCCCUGCCUUUUUUUUUUUUUAGUUUUAAAUGAAAUAUUAAGACUGUGCUGGUCGCAAGCGCAAGUUUUAUUUAUAGUUCCUUCCCUCUUUUCUUAGCUUAUGAGCCCAAUGUUUUGUACAUUUUUGUGAUGGUUUAUAUUGUGUUUUUUUCUUCUUUCUUUUUGGCAGCGUCAAGUUCACUCGUUCUUCAGAGUGAAAAAAGGUUGUUUUGUUUUAUUUAAACUGACGUUUCUACUUAUUUUAAGACCACCUCUUAUUCUUAAAUGCCGAAUAAAUUUGUAUGAAACACAA